AUGCUGGCAGUUGACCUCCUCGUGCUCCUUUUGGGGUCUUUGCACUUUGGCCAGGGGUCCGCCAUUCCUGGCAAACGCCAACUGAGGGAGUACAGUCCUGCGAUUGAGGAAUGGGACAAGGCCGAAGACAGAGCCGCGGAGUUUGUCUCCCAGCUUAACCUCACUGAGAAGGUAACCAUGGUCACGGGUACCUUGCUCGAUGUUGGGACCGGCUGCAUUGGUAGAAUCAGACCUGUUCAACGCUUGGGAUUCCCGGGGCUCUGUCUCCUAGAUGGGCCCAAUGCUGUUAACCGAGCCCAUCUGGUCAGCAUUUUCCCGUCUGGGAUUUCCGUCGCUGCUAGUUGGGACCGCGAGUUGAUGUACGACCGUGGGCUUGCCUUGGGACGUGAGUUUAAGGCGAAGGGAGCUCAUGUCAUCCUCGGGCCAACAACAGGCCCUCUCGGACGUCACCCGAUGGGUGGUCGCAACUGGGAAGGGUUCUCACCAGAUCCUUUUCUGUCGGGAGAGGCUGUCAAGUAUACAGUCAUGGGUCACCAGGCCGCAGGUGUUCAGACGUCCACCAAGCACUACAUUGGUAACGAGCAAGAAACCAUGAGAUCAGACACGACCAUGAAGGAUGGAACCAUUGUAGAUGCUGUUUCCUCCAACAUAGAUGAUCGGGCACUCCAUGAGCUGUACCUCUGGCCCUUUGCGGACGCUCUCAAGGCUGGUACUACAUCCAUCAUGUGUAGUUACAACCGACUCAACAACACCUAUGCUUGUGAGCACCCUCGCCUGCUUACGGGUAUUCUCCGAGAACAACUCGGAUUCCGCGGGUUUGUGAUAUCUGACUGGUUUGCGACUCACUCAACAAGCAAGGCCGCCAAUGCCGGCUUAGACAUGGAGCAACCUGGAGAGCUUCCACCCGGAGUCACAACGUCUCAUGGAGGCGGAGGCUACUUUGGGCUAACCCUUGAGAAGGCUGUUCAGGCUGGAAACGUUACCGAGAGGCGUAUUGACGAGAUGGUCCGCCGCCUUAUGACACCUUACCUCCUUCUUCACCAAGACAGUCCUGACUAUCCUACCGUGGAUCCCUCGAUGCCUUACCUGCUUGGAAUCAGCAAUUCAGGAUGGGAGUCCAGGUCCCUUGCUGGUCUCGGUGAGCCUGUCCCUGGGCGGGACGUGCGAGAAAACCAUCAUGAGCUGAUUCGAAAGUGGGGGGCCUCAGCUACGGUUCUUCUGAAGAACAACGGCACUCUACCUUUCGGGGGCAAGUCAUCAUGCGCUCAAAAGCCAAUCCACAAUAUUGGCGUGUUCGGCAAUGCUGCUGUCGAUCCAGCCGAAGGACUCGUCUUCCCCCCCAACAGCCCCCCUGAAGGACCUGAGUACGGCUUCCUCAGCAUUGGGGGCGGUGCGGGAAGUGGCCGGAACUCAUAUGUGGUUUCUCCCCUGGACGCUAUCAAAGAUAAAGCAAAGGAGUCAGAUGCCAUAGUCCAGUAUAUUGCCUCGAACGAUGUCUUGGCAAGGAACGACUUCCGCUCCGUCUUUCCCAAACCAGACAUCUGCUUGGUCUUCCUCAAGACAUGGGCGGCCGAGACAUAUGACCGGACCAGUUUCGAGUUGAGUUGGAACUCUACGGUCGUGGUCAACAACGUGGCCAAAUUCUGCGGCAGACACAAGACAGUGGUUGUGACCAACUCGGCAGGCGUCAACACGAUGCCUUGGGCGAACAACGUCACGGCCAUCUUGGCAGGACACUACGGCGGACAAGAAUGGGGCAACUCCCUCGUCGAUGUGCUCUGGGGAAAGACAGAACCUAGCGGAAGGCUGCCCUACACCAUCCCCAAGGCAGCAGCGGACUAUGAUCUUCCCGUGGUCAAUCUGACUGGUCCGGACGGUUUGGUGGAGCGUGAUUCCUCCAAGUGGCAGGCUGAUUUCACUGAAGGUCAAUUAAUCGACUACCGCCACUUUGAUGCCAAGGAAAUUGAGCCGUUGUAUGAAUUUGGUUUCGGCUUGGGUUACACAACCUUUGAGGUGGACACCCGUAUCGAUCUCGCCAAACUCUACAGUUCUGCCCCGUCUGACCUACCCGACGGGGAGGCCAAAAUUAAGCCGGGUGGCAAUGUGGACCUCUGGACCGAGUUGUUGCGUGUCACAGCCACGGUUCGCAACACUGGCAAACGCGAGGGUAGCACAGUCGUUCAACUGUACAUGUCAUUCCCCGACAGCGACAACAUGAAGGAGGCCCCAGUUCGUGUGCUCAGAGGUUUUGAGAAGGUAAAGCUGGGUCAGGGCGAGUCUCAACGGGUAGAAAUGGUGCUCAAAUGA